AGAGGAGCACUUGAGGAGCUUUGGAGUAAAGGACGGACUGAAGCCUUGAAUGUUCAACAGCUGAUUGGCUGCCGCUUCCAUCCCUCUUUCUGAACUUCAGCGCGGAGGAAUCCCUUCAAGAUUACGAGACUUGUCAAAAUGAACUUGUCGUACUUGGUAGCCUGUGGACUUUUGGUCACCCUGCUUUCAGUGAAGAUGGGGGCGAAACCUUUGACACAGACACAGCAAAAGGUAAGACCAAGUCACGUAUCCUUGUUAACGGUGGUUCCUUUUCUUCGGGAGCUGGAUGCUGCCGCAGGAGCGAACAGCUGUUCUGUGGUGCAGACGCUCAGGACUGUUGUUUUUACGCAUCAGAUUUCAUCACUUCAGACAUGUAAAGCAGUUUAGAGACAGUGUUCUAACAACCGCCUGAGUCUUUAACAUUUAGAAAUGUUGCUAUUUCUUUUUUAAUACAAAGAGGUGACAUGGUUUACAUUUGGUCAUGUCGAACCUCUCACAAGUACUGCUUUUUGGUUGGUAAAUCAUUUGAGAUCAUAGACGAAGUCAUAGAAUUAAUCAAACUGUUCGAUGGAAAUAAUGAAAAUAUUUAUAAACACGUUUUAACAAACACAAGAAAGGACUUAACUCUCUGAAGAUGUUCCAGCUCCACUCAGUUUAAGUCUUUUUUCAAUCGUUUGCCCGAAAUUAAAUGCAAGAAACCAAACGGUUUUGUGCGUAAAAUCACAAUUUUGCAUACAAUUGGUCUGUAUAAUCAAACGAAUGAAACUGUGUGUUACAAAUGAAAGAGUGUGGAGGUGUUGAAGAGUUAGAUAAGAGUUAAUAAGCCUAGAUUUCUAGAAUUUUCUUUGAUUUGAAGCUGAUGCCCCAGUCUUCAGACCUCAUGAGCAGGCGUCAGGCACCUGCUUUGUGUAACUCUGCGCUGAAAACGACAAACAGGUCUGAUGGAUAAGAGUUAUAGUGUCAGGUUUUAAUCGAAUAACUGAAACAUCUUACAGAUCUAUAUGAAAAUCGGUCAAACAGGCUGAAGUGAUGAACAAAUCUUGAACAGAAGUUUGUAAAAACGGUUUUCAUUGGCUUUAAAUCAAGAACCGACUGAGCUUCUCAACGAUUCAUUCAUGGAUUGUAAUUUCGUGAAAGUAUAUUUUUCUUUACCAUGUAUUUACCGAUGGGAAAUGGUUUAUUGUGUUCCAGUCUCUUAGAAGUUUGCUGGGUGAGGAGCUGGCGGAGUUUUUGGAGUCGGAGGAGAGGGAGCGACGACUAGACGCUGUGCGCUCUCGGAUACGGUUACUGCGAGAUUUACGCAUGGACACCCGGGCCAGAGGGAUGUGGGCUCGUCUCCUCAACGACCAACCCGCACCGAGGAGACACAAAACCGGAAACAAGAAAGGGGGCUCCACGUCGCGCAGUGGCUGCUUCGGACACAAGAUGGACAGGAUAGGGACCAUCAGUGGCAUGGGAUGCUAGGGCUGGAGCGCUGUGACGGUGAGUUCUUAUCAAUCAGUCUCACUCUGUGCUCAGAUAUACCGGCUGUGAACUGGCGUCCAGAUAGAUAAAUGGUGCCUGGUUUAUGAAAGGAUGCUCCAAAAGGACUGAAGGAGGGUGGGAAGAAUAAUUGAUCUUAUAGGAAAGAGAGACAGGCAUUAAGAGAGCACAUCAUAUCUUGAGUCUCUGCUUUUAAAUCAAAGUUCAAUGAUUUACUUGGAAAACUAAGGAUGACUGAGAAAAAAAGGUAAAUUCAUGAAGCCAUUUUCAACAAGGUUGUGUAUAGUUGCCAUAAAGACAGAAGCCAGGAAGGGGGAAAGGAAGGAAUGAGUGGAAGGGGAAAAAAGCCAGCAUGAAAGAUAGAACCAACCAAAUGAGACAACCCGAGUCAAAUUAUUGCUGUUCUCAAAGAUUGACUCUGGAAAGUGUCUGCUUUAGGUCCACAGCAAGGCCAGUUUACAGAGCCUGUGUAAAACUUUGUGUUAGUGACAGCUAAAACAAAAUACAGCAAGUGAAGAGGGAUGAAAAAAAGCAUGCCUGCAUUGUGUUGGGUGAUGAAUUCCAAGUCUUGGCUUAAAGGAAGAAAUCUAAAGCUCAACAUGUUGACUAACAUAUCAUCAACCUCAGCUGCCUGAGUGAUCCUGAUUCUUCCGGGAAAAACUGAUAUGUGAGAUGAUUUUGAGUGAAACUGAAAGACAUAUUGACUUAAAUUUGUAAUAUCAACUAAAGCACUUGUAGUCUGGCAGUAUUCCCUCCUUUCCGAGGACAGGAACCCCCGUGAGACAGCAGGAAAGCCCACUUAGUCUGAUGUAAACUGAUGUUUUGGAAACUAUCCAGCGGGUAUUUAGGAAGUCUCCCUUCACACUCAUGCACAUAAUCAUGAAUGAUUCCAUCUGCUUCAUCCAGAAACUAGUAGCAUACAUCAUUGAAGCCAAAAAAGGAGGAGAAGUAGAGAGGGAGGUGGAGAUGCAGACAGGCAAACACAUGCACAUUAUAAACACACAGCACCCUGCGGUGGCCAGGAUCUUUCUGGGAAAGCCAUUCUCUCUAACCAAGUGAUUUCAACAAAAACAACAAAGGGGCUGCAGUGGUGAAUGAAGUAAUGAGGAAGCAAGGUGACGCACAAUUAGUCCUGAGGCCUGAGGCCUUUUUGUGGUUGUGGCAAACUGUGAAGUCCUGACGGGGGAGUGUGAGGGGAUGUGUUUUUCAUCAACUGACACCCGUCUUUCCUCACAUGGGCUCACAGUGUGUUAUAAAUAUGAAGGAUGUGUUCGACACGUGUUGUUUGAGGUGAAAUGGUUAAGUGAAGAGUCACAACAACACUCAAUCUGAAGAGUUAAUUUGGAGAUUCUUAGAGGGAUGAAAGGCCUGAGGAUUAUGUUGGGAACUGCACCAGAUGUAAAAGCUGCUACGCCAGUGAAUCACUGUUUGCAAAUGCUCUGUCUAACUCUAACUCUUCUCCUGUUUCUUUUCUUCCUCUAGAUCUCUGGACAACGAGAUUGGAAAACCACGUUUCCGUUUGUUGUUCACCUGAGGAAAAAAAGAGAAAAAGUCACCAAGAGACAGAUUUUUGGUACGAAAGUCACCAUGACCAGCAUAAGCAAAGACUGACAUGACAAUGCUACAAAACCUUCAUAUAAAUAUAUAUUACAAUAUGCAGGCAUAUAUACAUAUAGACAUAUGUGUAUACCAUACGAGUGGUCAUCAGACACACACAGAUGCAUUUGACAAGAUGGCGGACAAAGGUGUAAAAACUACAAAGCGCAAAGCUGUAUAUUGUUGCUGCUGCUGUACAUUCAUGUACUUCAUCUUCCCCUGCAUAAAUGUAUUUAUGUUUAAAAAAAACUAUUUAUAUGUUUAUAAAAAGAGAUAUUUAUAAAUAUGAGUUUUAUUUAUGUAACAUUUGGAAAAUGAAUGCAAACUGCAGGUCAAUUCUGUUUGUAACUUUUUUCUUUGUCUCAAAUAGUUGUAAAUGUUUUCAAAAAUGAUAAAAAGAACAUUCCAUGUGCACUUACA